AUGAAGGGGAAUGUGAUAGGAAAUGAGAUUGGAGAAGUGGUCAUUCCUCAGAUUGGUAAAGACCUUGUAGACCAUGGGGCUUCAAGAGAAUGUUAUCAAUGUAGAAGAUACCAUCUUGGAUUAUGCUAUGAUGGCAUGAAGUCCUGCUACCUGAAAUACAAACAGUACUGUGCCAUUGAGAACUUUUAUGUACUUACAAAAAAAGGGAACAGUAUGUAUUUUUAUUCAAAGCUGUCAUGUGUAUACAACUGUGAGAACAUCAACUUCUUGGAUCUUGGCAAGAGAACAGAGCUCAUCUGUUGCACACAUAGUAACUAUUGCAACCUCCCUGUGGGGUCCUAGUUCUACACCUCUCUAGGACUUUGGAUCAUUCUUCAAACCACCACCCCCUUUAUUUCUACCCUGGAACCUGUAGUCUGAGGUCCUCUUCUCACCAAUGGUAGUUUGUGAGAAAGCCAGUUGGCAGUGAAAAGAGAAGUCGUAAAGAAAAGCAGUGGAGGAAGCAGAGUCUCAUUAAUGAUGGAGCACUAGCCUGAAUAUUUGCUAAUUUCUACUGCUCACAUCUGGCAGGAGGAUUUGUUUUCUUCAUGGUUGUACUGCGUUGAAUAGUGUUGGGCUUGGAAUUGACUGUUUCUUAUACCCUAUAUAAAAAUGCAAAGAUGGGUUCCAAGCUUGUACUGAGAAUUCUGUGGCCAUACUCUCUACCUACCUGUACCCAAUCCCCUGAGUUGGGAUUCUCUUCCUUGCGUUAGCCCUGAAACCCCCUGUCAGUCUCCCUUUACCCACGGGUCCUGAUUGUAGAAGAGGAUUAAUCUCAGCAAUCCCAAUUUUCUGGCAGCAUGAGUGAAGUCUUCACCUGGAAGAGCUCUUGGGGGAAAUCUUAGGCCAGAAAAGACUGGACAGGCAUAGGGAUGAGGUAUCAAGGAAUAUUUUAGGGAUAUUUAAGUUUGUAGAAUCUAGUAUUUCAGAGACAAUUUGAUGUGGGUGGAAUUAGCUUGAAUCAUCAUGGCUCUAGUUGGCUAGGUAGCCUUGGGGACUUGACUGAACUGGUGGUUGGAUCGGGAAUGGAGAUCUUGGUCAAGGAUGGGCUGUCAGUUUCUUCUCACAGGAAGAAGAAAAAAAUGCUAAUAAUGAGACAAUGGGCAUGGUAGUUGAAAAUAAUAGAAUGUAGAAAUGCCAUGAGGUAGUGUUGGAGUAACAAAGUAUCAAAUAUAAGAUGGAGUUAGGAGUAAAUGAAAGGUAGUAGUGGUUGAAAGAGAAAAGGACAGUGAGUGAAACAAAUAGGCAGAGAGAAACUGAGCAGCACAAAUGGUGGAACAGCACAACUAGUACAACGGCUGUGAAGCUUCCUUGGAUAGGGAAUCUCUCUGGUGUUCCUUUCCUCCUGAAGCAUCCCACAGUUCCUGGCCCUGAGUUUCCAUGAGCGUUUUUCUCCUUUAUUUUGCCACUUGAAAUUCUUGCGAUAAACCACCUACUCCUCUAGACGGCACUGGGUUUUUGGGUUCCUCUACUUGAGUAGAUUGGUGUACUAUCUGUCUUUGUGUCUGAAAAUUUAAUAUUUUCCAUGGAAUUCUCAGUUGGGAUUUUACAGAGCCACGGUGAAGAAAUACAUGAAGAUAACUUUUCCCAAAUAGACAAGCAGGUUGAAAAAGCCAACAUAACGAAUAUUUUGAGUUAGGGAAACAACAUAUUUUUAUUCGUAGUUGUACAUGGGCUCUCUCAGCCAUUGAACCGCAAGGAUGAGAUAACUCAGUCUAGGAAAAAAAAGAUCAUAGCCUAGCUUUGGUUUUCAAAGUAGACUUUAACGUUAUUUUUGAGUCAAGGGUUAGACAAAGCUUGGCUUUGAGAAAGAAGAUAAUUCUAAUUGUAAAAUGUUUUCUUUUUGCUUCAUCAUCUAACCUUGGCAUUAUCGGCAUCACAGCUUUGAAUUUUACUUUAUGUAGUGGAUAAUUUUGGUUUGAUUUUUAUUUUAGUGCCCCACCCCAAUCCUCUUUAUCUGGCCAGUGCACCCACCACCCAUCUGCAUUGAGUGUUGCCUUAUGAUAACUCACAGCUUUCUCAUUUUCUAGAGGUUUUGUCGUCUGCGAAAUGGGAGUUGCCUUGCCUGGAUGCUGAGUUCUUGACUUGAGUGUAGAUAUUGGCCAAUGAGUGGCUGACAUGAGGGUACAAAAAUCAGUCCCCUUGUAUCAAGGUGGAACUAAGUUCAUGGUGCAUUUUGUGCUCUGGCACUUUUCCAUGGGAUCUGAAUGAAGCUAGUCUCCAGUUGAGACUAUGCU